CACCAUAUUUUAAAUUGUAAGAUAAGAGGAAGCUUGUCUUACCAUCAGUCUUUCUUGUCUCAUAUCUUGGAUGUUCUACCUACUUACUUUAGAUUGAUACUUAUGUAUAAUCUUCAUCAUAAAAUUUAUCAUGGAAUAUUUUCAUUCUAAAGAUAAAUUAAACUCUGAUCUAAUGAUGGAAUCUUUUGAUCCUUCAGAAAUGGAAAGAUGUACAGCACCAUCUAUAUACAAACCAAGGCCAGUUCCUCGGCCUGUUCCGAGACCAAGAAAACAAGUUGAACAAACAUCAAACCGUGUUGAAGGGAAUAGGAGACCUUCAAGCAACUUCCAGUUUCAAAAUGAUGAUUAUGACCACUUAUUCAGAUAUAAUUCGGAUAUUAAAAGUUCUGUUUCAGAUAAUAAAGGAAUUAAGAACGACAGGAUCAGUUUUUUUAGGGAUCAGAUCAAGACAAUGAUAUUGCAAAACUCUCCUCAAGAAGCCCGUCAAAAUGCAGUUUAUAAUCUUCUGUCUUUAAAUUGCCAGAUAGAAGAAAAGUAUGAAAUAUUGGAUUUAAUCAAAAUACUGAAAGAAAAUGAGCGCUGUAUUCCAACAAAAAUACCUCAGGCAUUCAAUAUUUUGGAAAAAUAUGCAUCCAACCUCCUAAAACCAGUUCAAAAUCGACACUUGUCAUGGAGAACUGUUCAGUUUACAACAAUUGUGUUUAAAGAAAAAAUAAAGUUUCUAGAAGGCCAUAUGAACAUUUUUCGUACUCUUGGUUACACUGAAAGCAUAACAGAGGAAAACGGUAACCUUAUUGGUGUUGCAUUUCCUUUAAAUAUGCAACCAAAGGAGAAAUUGGUACAGAAUCUGGCUGUAGAUUUAACUAUUGCAAAGUUCGAGGUAGAAGCUAUACUUACAGGCCGACAUCCCAAUAUUAAAAUGUUACAGUAUAAAAUACCAUUGAUUUUUAUGGAACAUGGUUUUAAUGCAGAAGGCAUAGGCAGAGAUGAAAUUAGAAAGAAUCUUGCCUACGAGUCAUUGGGAAGUAAUAAGAAUUCUGAUUCUUUUGGAAGCCAGAGCAAAGUAGCACUUGCACUUAAUAAACCUAUUCUGUCAGAUAAUUUUGACAGAAAGGCAAAUGCGAUGUCAGAGAUGACCACACCUGGUUAUGGUUACAAUUUUCCCUCUGAUUUGACAAAGCCGAUUAAGGUAUCAAUUCCCAAUGAACAGGCUUCAGGUAUAAACGUGUUGGAAAAGAAAUGUUCUAAGUGUCAAACAGUUUGUGACUUUAAAGCCAAAUUCUGUUCUGAAUGCGGAGUUCCUCUGGUUGAAAAAAAGCCCUCAAAAGCAAUCGAUGCAAUGCAAAUAACGAAAGGAAAUGCUCAAUCUGGGGAAAAAAAGUUAGAUCAAAUGUGGCAGUGCGUACACUGUACUUUUAUGAACCCUUUUGAUACAACUGUUUGUGGGGUGUGUGACCGCACAAGUUGGAAAAGUUCUGUUGAUAUGAAACAUACAGAUGCUGAACAAUUUAAUAAAAGUUCUGACCUUGUCAACCAAGCUGCUGACAAAAAAGAUCAAAAACAAGAUGGUACCAUACCUACUAGUAAACAUUCAAUACCGGAUUCUCCAUAUGAGCAGAAAGAUAUUGGGCAAUAUAUAUUAGUCGACAAAAAAGAAACUGCAGAAAAAGAGAAAAUAAAUGCUGCUUUACAAAUGCCAACAAAAAGUGCUCCAACUACAGUUUCUGAUUAUAAGCAGAGUGGUAUUUUUCUUAAACAAUCACAAUCUCCAAUAUCACCAAUGCUGGAGGAAGCUCGAGAAAAAAUGGAAUUGCGAAAAAGACAGGAAAGAGAACACCAAUAUCUACGUGAAUGCCAACUUCGAGAGGAAGCAAUAGCAAAGCAGAAAGAAAUGCAGCAAAAUGCUCAACUUUUGGUGUCCUUAAUGAAGUGUGCCGAAAAAAAUGGUUUUUCUGUCGAUGAAUGCUAUCUUGCUACCCAAUUUGUUAACGAGCGUACAGAACAAAACGUACUUAAUUGGUUGAAACAAGACUGGCUUGCUUUGAUUAAUGAGGUUGUUUCACUUUGCACUGACUUACUAAGCAAAGAUGAAACUAUUGGUUUGUUAAGUUUUGAAGAAGGUAAAAAAAUGUUGUUAUCAAGUGAAGGAAAGAAAGAAAGAGCCGUGCAGUUGUAUAUAGAAGAGAGGAGAUGGAAGGUUGCAAAAUUAAAUGAAGAAGCUUUUCAAAAUAAAAAUAUUUUAAAUGCCUUACACAAAUCAAAUGGCGAUGUUAAAAAGGCGAGACUAAUACUUAUCAAUGAACGGUUGGAACGAUUUCGUGAAAGGAUAUGGUCAAAAAGUCAACCUAAUGUGUUUUAUGAGAAACUUAAUGAUGAAACACUCCCAAUUGAGGUAAAAUAUCGAAUGUUGAUAGGUGAGCAUGGUUUAACUCUUGGCAGAGCAAUGAACUGCAUGAAGCUAGUGAAAACAAAAGAAUAUAUGGAAGAAGACUGCAUAGAAGCUGCAAAAAAUAAUCAACAUUACGAGCAUUGUUUGAAUUAUUUAAACCACGAAUGUGCAUCCUGUUUUGUCUCAUACCCUGUUCAUAAGUUGGUUGUCAACCUUUCGUGCCAAUGUUGUUUUUGCAUUGAAUGUUACACUACCUAUAUUAAAAUCACGUUAUCAGAGAAGCAUAUCCGUCAUCUCAUCUGCCCAAUGUGUCAACAGCCAAACUUGGAAACACCACCAGCACAUUAUUUUGAUAAUCUUGGACAGCAGAUCAAACAUCUUGUUAAAGAAGGACAGUUACAAGAGAAGAUAUAUGAAACGUUUGACACAAAAUUAAGAGACUUUUUUUUACUGAAAGAAAAAAACUUUCGUUGGUGCGCUCACUGCGGAAAUGGGUUUUUGUGGGAUGAUCUUAAUCAAAUCAGAAUGACUUGUAAUAAGUGUCAACUACGCACUUGCUUUAAGUGUAAGGAGAAGUGGGAAGAGCAGCAUGAAUCUUUAACAUGUGAAAGGUUUCGGGCAUGGAAAGCAGCAAAUGACCCGGAAUUGCAACAAGCGGGUGUUGCUGCAUUGUUGGCCAAGAACGGUUUAGAAUGUCCGGAAUGUAAAUUUCGUUAUGAUCUCGCUCGAGGUGGGUGCAUGCAUUUCAAGUGUACUCAGUGUGGAUUUGAAUUCUGUAGUGGUUGCUCGCAAGGAUUUCGGCAAGGAGCGCAAUGUCAAGUACACCAAGAGUGUGCUCAUAUGGGACUUCACGCUCAUCAUCCCCGUGAUUGUCUCAAUUACCUGCGUGACCGCUCAGUGAAAGAGUUGCAAGAAUUACUGGCCAAAAACGAUGUUGCGUAUGAUACAGAAAUUCCUGAGGAGAAAAAAGUUGGAGAUGAGCCUGUGAAAUGUGAUAUGAUGGAACAAAAAGAAAUUGAAGAUGGUUACAAAGAUGAACAAUGUGGAAAAGAUGCGCCUGAGAACAUGGCUGGUAUCUGCAAAAAGCAUUAUUUGGAAUACCUUGUCGCUCUUAUCAACCGUAAUGGUUUGGAUCCAGUGUAUUUGAUGACAAUGGAUGAAAUGGUUGUUGUGUACAAAAGAAAACACGAGGAGGCGCCUCCCAAAGAUGGCGAUGAAUCUGAUGAAGACUAUGCACAGAGGCUAAGACAGGAUAUACGACAUAAGUUCCCGUUACCAGCUCGAAAAGAUCGCAUGCCAUUACCAGAGUUAAACGACGCUGCUCAAAAUAAUGACGUCGAUAAUUAUGACGAUGACGCCGAUAAUUAUGAUGAUGACAUCGAUAAUUAUGUCGAGGAUAACGAUGAAAUUCAUUUAUUGAACAGACACGCUGAUGCUCCCGAUACAGACACUUCUGAAUAGGAUUACGAAGAACCGUAGGUUAUUGGAAGGCGAGGAGUUUGGGAUUCUGUAGCAAACAAACUUUAUGGUAAAUAUGAUACACAUCUGUUUAACAUGAGAUACCUAAAACUGUAGCCGCAAUAAUAAUAUUUCCGCCAUUGAACUUUAGAUGAACAACAUCAGCAAACUUUAGUUGUAAAUUUUUCUCCGUUUUAUUACCAUGUUUUGUUGUUGAUCAUAUCACUUUUAUACUACGUUUAAAAGUGAUAUGAUCAACAACAUUUAAACAUGAGCAAAUCUAUCUGGAUUCAUGAGUUAAGUUACUGAUCCAACAAUAAAAUAAUAAAAAAUGAAUUCGGAAGAAGGGAAUUUGCCAAAAAAAAAUUUUCGGAAUUUUUUAACGGAUGCAACUAAAUAACUUCGGUAUAAUAAAAAAAUAAUAAUUUAAAAAUUUAUGCGUUUUGACACGGAAGAAAACAAAUAAAAGAUUUUCAUUAUCAAACUAUUACGUUUAAAACCGAAUACUUUCUUUGAAUGUGCUCAAGUGUACGCAGUAUUAGUCAACAUAUUCUAUAAAAUUAACCUGAGGAAGAAGUAUAAUUGAAUGUGUUUGUGACUGACACUAAAGACUUUGUUGAACUUCUUAAUUAAAUGAAAUACUAAUUUUUGAAAAUGAAAACUCUACAGUUUGCGAUUCGAUGCGUCGUUGUUUUUCGCUAUGUACAAGUGGUUUGGUUACGUACCGAUUUUGUAGCGAUAUUGUAAUAGUUCUGUGUUUUUUUGUAUUUAUUAAGAUUGCAAAUUCAUUUUUCUACUCCGCGAUACAUGAUUUGCUAUUUUCUUAAACCUUUUUUUUCAGAAUAAUUUGUAGUUCUGACUACGCGCGCUUAAUAUUACGCUACUCUUAUCUUCUAAUUUAAGAUCUUACAUCAUCACCCUCCUCCCUUUUGCAAAAAAUUGAGAGGUUUUAUUUGUUUCCAUAAAAAUUUCUUUAUCCAUGAGGGAAUUAUUUAAGUACCUGCGUAGAAAUUGUAUUGUACAUAGUCUCUCACUUCGCUGUAUUUUGAAAUAUUGUAGUAGUUAGCCUAAUAGUUAAAAUUGUGACAUGAAA